AUGGACACUGUACCUGACGUUGCUCUUGCAGCAAUCGGUGUCUCUACCUUCAAACCGUACUUUGACCAGGCUAACGAAUUGGUCAACUAUACUUUCAUCGAUGAAAUCUUUCACGUGAACCAAGUAAAGGAGUAUUGGAAUGGAAAUUUUGAUUCAUGGGAUUCAAAGAUCACCACGCCCCCGGGUUUGUAUUAUCUUGCAUAUUGGUGGCUCAAACUCACGGGAUUAGAGUUUUCCAUUGCUAAUUUGAGAUUGCUCAACUUAUUCGGCGGGGUACUCCUUAUCAUCACCACGUUGGUCGUCAAGAAACGUUACAACCCUGGUCUUUCGGCUCUUUCUCUGUUUUCCUCGCCAUUGCUGACAAUUUAUUAUACCCUAUUUUACACCGACAUUUGGUCCACGAUCCUCAUUGUCCAAUCAUUUGUCGCCGCAGUCUCUGUGAGACCCACCUUGACGUCAGCCACAUUGUCUUGUCUGUUGGGCUCUAUCAGUCUCCUGAUAAUCAUAUUAUUGUUCCUCAUUUGGCUCAGGUGUUUUACUGCUUUACAUUCAUUACCAGCUUUUCGGCUCCAUUGUGGCUCAGUCCGGCAUUUAUUAGAGGUUACUUUGAUACACUGCUCACCAGAAAGUAUUUGGUACUCAAUAGUUUCUGGAUUUUCAUAA